AUGCUUAGAAACCUUAAAUUUGUAACUGCCAUUCUGGCAAUUAUUUCCGGGACUGUUGCCCAAAAUGCUUUUGAAGGAGCCAUAGGUUUUGGCGCCGUAUCAACCGGUGGAAAUGGCGGAACUGUAGUCACCGUCACCAACCUCGAGGACAGUGGCGCCGGCUCCUUUCGUGAUGCUGUCAGCCAAUCCAACCGCAUCAUCAAUUUUGCUGUCGCUGGUUACAUCGUCUUGAAGUCUCCUGUAUCUCUAUCAAGCCACAUCACCAUCAAUGGGCAGAGUGCACCAAGCCCAGGAAUCGGCGUCAUGGCCGGCGAGAUUUCCGCCAGUGGAAAGAACAAUAUUGUCAUCCGUAACUUCCGCAUGCGUCAGGGAAACCUCGAUAAACAGACUGGAAAAAGCGCCUUUAAUAUGGGAGAGUCAUCCAAUAUCAUCCUGGACCACUGCUCGGUUGCUUACGGCCAGUGGGACUCCAUCGACGCUGUCAAGGCCGUGAAUAUAACUGUAUCAAACUCCAUAAUUGCCUUCCCCAUCGGGCAACAAUUCGGCGCACACAUUGAGGGAGGCCCUGCAACUCUAUACGGAAACCUCUGGGUCAGCGCCCAUAAUCGCCAACCUCUCACCAAGAGUAAUACGCAGUAUAUUAACAACAUCGUUUACAACUACCAAGCCGCCUACACCACCGCGGAAACGAGCGGCUACUUCUCCCAUGACAUCCUCAACAACUACUUCAUCACGGGGCCCAGCACCACCAACCCGAGCAAUUACUACUACCAGAUGAACGAAAAGCAGAGUGUGUACGCCCAUGGAAACUACGCCGAUACCAAGAACGACGGCGUGCUUGCUGGCGCCUUGGAGAACAAGGUGGGUAGCGCCGUUGUGCUUGACGCGGCGUGGGAUCCAACUUCCGUUGGUUUGGCCAAACUCACUGCUCUCGAGGCAUACACAGCCGUCCUCGCCAGUGCGGGAGCCUCCCCACGCGAUGAAGUUGAUGCGUUUGCUGUUUCGACUGUGAAGACUCUGGGGAAGUCUGGUGUGAUCUACACGAACCAGGCGAGCACAGGUCUUUCGAACGGCGGCUAUGGCACGCUGUAA